CAUAAGACCGCGAUACGGCAUGUUAAAAUUGCGGGGCUUCUCACGGGUCUUUUCUUCUUCUCACACUUCAGCUUCUCGUACCCCUCUCGUCAUUUCAUUCCAGUGUUCAAAACGAUUGCAGAGCACGCGUGCCACCAUGUCUGAUCUUUCCGUCGAGCUUACCGCGCCAAAUGGCGUCAAGUAUACCCAGCCAACUGGCUUGUGGAUCAACAAUGAAUGGGUGAAGUCCAAGUCUGGCGAGAAGAUCACCAGCAUCAACCCAACAGACGAGAAAGAGAUUGUAUCUGUCUACGCUGCCGGCCCUGAAGAUGUCGACCUCGCUGUUGCGGCAGCUCGCAAGGCUUUCAAAGAUCCAGCAUGGCGCGAUAUGGCUACCACAGGACGCGGUGAACUCAUGUACAGGUUUGCAACCCUGAUUGAGCAACACAAGGAGACUUUAGCAACCAUCGAGACCUGGGACAAUGGCAAACCGUACAGCGUCGCCUUGAAUGAAGACCUGGCGGAGGUGGUAUCGACGCUCAAGUACUACGCCGGCUUUGCAGACAAGGUCCACGGACAAGUCAUUGACACGACACCGGCGAAACUGGCCUACACGAUUCGAGAGCCACUUGGUGUCUGCGGACAGAUCAUUCCAUGGAACUAUCCUCUCUUAAUGGCAGCCUGGAAACUGGGCCCGGCUCUUUGCACUGGUAACACGAUAGUGUUGAAGGCGGCCGAGCAGACACCACUAUCUAUCCUCUAUCUCGCCAAUCUGAUCAAAGAAGUCGGAUUCCCCCCUGGAGUGAUCAACAUCCUCAAUGGCGAGGGCCGCAAGGCAGGAGCAGCUUUAGCUUCGCACCUUGGUGUUGACAAGAUUGCUUUCACCGGGUCUACGACAACUGGACGCGAAAUCAUGAAGAUGGCCGCCAUCAACCUAAAGAACAUCACGCUCGAGACUGGCGGCAAGUCACCACUUCUGAUCUUCGACGACUGUGAUUUGGACCAGGCGGUCAAGUGGGCGCACAUAGGUAUCAUGUACAACCAAGGCCAAGUCUGCUCAGCUACGUCCCGUAUUCUGGUCCAAGAAGGGGUUUACGAAAAGUUCGUCUCCGCUUUCAAGGAAUACGUAUCUACCACCAGCAAAGUCGGCGACCCCUUCGCUGAUGACACCUUCCAAGGCCCUCAGGUCACAAAAGCGCAGUAUGAGCGCGUGCUGUCUUACAUCGAGUCAGGAAAGCAUGAGGGCGCUACUCUAGUCUCAGGGGGAGAAGCGCACAAGGACGUAGGCGGCAAAGGCUUCUUCAUCGCCCCAACUAUCUUCAGCGACGUCAAAGAUACCAUGAAGAUCUUCCGCGAGGAGGUAUUCGGGCCAUUCGUUGUCGUCAGUUCGUUCAAGACGGAGGAAGAGGCUAUCAGCCGUGCCAACGACACUACCUAUGGUCUUGGAAGCGCUGUUUUCACGCAGAACAUCACCAAGGCGCAUCGGGUGGCCCGGAACAUCGAGGCCGGAAUGGUCUGGAUCAACUCGAGCAACGACUCGGAUAUGCGAAUUCCCUUCGGAGGUGUGAAGAUGAGCGGUAUCGGCAGGGAGCUCGGCGAGGCUGGGUUGGAGGCAUACACCAACAAAAAAGCGGUACACGUCAACCUGGGCACGGUGCUAUAAGGAGGGGUUCCAUGGAGAGAGAGGGGGCUGGACGGCAAUGGAAGAAGAGCGGAACAAAUCAGAUAUGGCUAUACCAGUUCCCGCCAAUC